AUAGCCACGACGCCUUCCCCGCACAGCCUCAAGCCCGCCUCCACCCGGUCGCGGUCGCUGGGCGGCUGCGAGACCUGCCGCCGUCGGCAUGCCAAAUGUGAUGAGACACGACCAUCGUGUCAGAUGUGUGAGCGAGCUGGUCUCGUCUGCGAGCAGUAUGGCAUCCGACUUUUGUUUGAUUCCGGGGAGAGUCAAGGAUCGCGAUGUCGACGGCCGCUAUUCACCGAGCACUGCCGCCAGCAGAUGAGCGAGCAGCUGGUGGCUAGUCUCAACCCCCACAAUGUCAACACUGUGCUCUCUCGAUUGGAUGGAGACUGUGAGGAGAGGGACGAGGCACCUCCGACUCAGAGCUUUUUCACUCAGCUGGGGCCAUUUGGUGCCUUUCGUCUCGUUGUAUCUGAGCCUGGCCCCAGCCCCGGCUUGAUAGAAACUCUCCCAGCAGACUCGGAGUUACCACUGGUGGAGAUUCCCCCGGAAACUGGGCUCAAUCUCGCGCUGGAGGAUGCCUUUGCUAGUGACCCCUUACUCGAUUGCCUCUUUGGUAAUCUGGAUGUCGAUGGGUUCGGAGACCUGUCGACGCAGAACUUCUUCAGUGCUGCCAUGCCGCUAUCCGAGGGGGAUGACUUCUCCUCCCCAUCCCAGUCCCUCACCAGUGGCCUGCUGAUGGGGCCGUCGACCUCCUCGUCAAUAGGGCUAUCGUCUCCAUUCUUGUCGGCACCAAGUCUGCGGUCCCCUCCGACCGUUACUAAUCGCGCACCACCGGACGCUCCUUUCCUUCUGUCUGUCUACAAGCACGACGUAGUGCCACUUUUCUCGCCGAUCCGAUCGCGAAAGAAUCCCUGGGAGACCUUGUUUGUGUCUAGCGCCAUGGAGACUCUGGCCCGACUGACCAUGGGUGAGAGCGUUGCACCGACGCAGAUGACCAUCUUCAGCGCCAUCCUCGCCACGGGCGCCUUUGCCCAGCGAGGGGCCUCUGUCACCCGCAGCUCGGCCAACUAUUGGGGUGGGCAAGCAGAAGCCCUUGCGGCGGAGGCGCAAACCCACCUCAAGCGGGCCUUGCGAGACGCGUCAUCGACCGUCAAGAAGGUCAAGUACAAAGACAUCCUCAUCGCCCUCCUGUGCAUUCAUACCGUCUCUUCCCGCAAAGUCCGCCUGCUGCACCACUGCUACGUCUACCUACGCAUCUUUCACGAAAGCACCUCGGUGCUGCCCCCCGUGCCGCCGGACGGGGAGAUUGAUCAUGCCUCGCCGGAGGCUACCGUCGGCUCCAUCGCAUCCAGCCGGUCGUUCCGGCUUCGCCAAUGGGAAGGCCGUCUCGACCAACGCAUGGAGGAGCUCAAAGAGCCGCACCAGGGCGAGAACGACCUCCACUUGGAGAUCCCCGGGCGGUGGGACUCGACCAUGUAUCCGCAGGUGUUCGGGCUGCCGGAGCCGCCGUUCUUCCUCCUCUCGCAGGUAACUCGGCUAGGCAACGAGCGCGAUCUGGCCGACGCGGGCAGCAGCAGCAGCACACUGGACUUCAAACAGUUCAAUGCGCGGGCACGGAGUCUCGAGCGCUGUAUUUCCGCAUGGCGGCCGCCGGCCCUCGCCGGCGAGGUUGAUGGCACGUCGGAUGCGGUGGAGCGCGGCAACGCCCGCCGCAGCUCCCAGCUCAGCAGCGUGUUGCACAAAGCGUUGCUGAUUUUUUUCUACCGCCGAAUCUAUGAUGUGGAUCCGAUGAUACUGCAGGAUAAAGCGUGGCAGGUUCGGGAGGCGCUGGCCGAGUAUGACGAGGAAAUUGAGGGACAAAGUGCCUCGUCGUGCGUGGCGGCCCCGUUCCUGUGGGCGGCGUUUAUUGCCGCGUGCGAAGCGAUCGACCCGGCGUUGCAGAGCUGGUUUGUGCGGUGGUUCGAGUCGGCUACCCAGCGGAACAGCGUCGGGGUCUUCGAGCACGCGCUGGGCGCCAUCCGGCUGGUCUGGGAGCGCCAGCGUCAGAGUACGGGGAUUACGGCUAGCUGGCCGCAGAUCUUGCGCGAGGAGGGGAUCAGUUUAUAUUACAUAUAA